AUGGUGCAGAGGAGAUGGUGCAGAGGAGAUGGUGCAGAGGAGAUGGUGCAGAGGAGAUGGAGCAGAGGAGAUGGUGCAGAGGAGAUGGUGCAGAGGAGAUGGAGCAGAGGAGAUGGUGCAGAGGAGAUGGUGCAGAGGAGAUGGAGCAGAGGAGAUGGUGUAGAGGAGAUGGAGCAGAGGAGAUGGUGCAGAGGAAAGGGUGCAGAGGAGAUGGAGCAGAGGAGAUGGUGCAGAGGAGAUGGAGCAGAGGAGAUGGUGCAGAGGAGAUGGUGCAGAGGAGAUGGUGCAGAGGAGAUGGAGCAGAGGAGAUGGAGCAGAGGAGAUGGUGCAGAGGAGAUGGUGCAGAAGAGAUGGUGCAGAGGAGAUGGAGCAGAGGAGAUGGGGCAGAGGAGAUGGUGCAGAGGAGAUGGUGCAGAGGACAUGGAGCAGAGGACAUGGUGCAGAGGAGAUGGAGCAGAGGAGAUGGAGCAGAGGAGAUGGAGCAGAGGAAAUGGUGCAGAGGAGAUGGAGCAGAGGAGAUGGAGCAGAGGAGAUGGAGCAGAGGAGAUGGAGCAGAGGAGAUGGAGCAGAGGAGAUGGUGCAGAGGAGAUGGUGCAGAGGAGAUGGAGCAGAGGAGAUGGUGCAGAGGAGAUGGUGCAGAGGAGAUGGUGCAGAGGAGAUGGUGCAGAAGAGAUGGAGCAGAGGAGAUGGUGCAGAGGAGAUGGUGCAGAGGAGAUGGAGCAGAGGAGAUGGUGCAGAGGAGAUGGUGCAGAAGAGAUGGAGCAGAGGAGAUGGGGCAGAGGAGAAGGAGCAGAGGAGAUGGAGCAGAGGAGAUGGAGCAGAGGAGAUGGUGCAGAGCAGAUGGUGCAGAGGAGAUGGAGCAGAGGAGAUGGAGCAGAGGAGAUGGUGCAGAGGAAAUGGAGCAGAGGAGAUGGUGCAGAGGAAAGGGUGCAGAGGAGAUGGAGCAGAGGAGAUGGGGCAGAGGAGAUGGAGCAGAGGAGAUGGUGCAGAGGAGAUGGAGCAGAGGAGAUGGAGCAGAGGAGAUGGUGCAGAGGAGAUGGUGCAGAGGAGAUGGGGCAGAGGAUAUGGAGCAGAGGAGAUGGUGCAGAGGAGAUGGAGCAGAGGAGAUGGAGCAGAGGAGAUGGUGCAGAGGAGAUGGUGCAGAGGAGAUGGUGCAGAGGAGAUGGUGCAGAGGAGAUGGUGCAGAGGAAAUGGAGCAGAGGAGAUGGGGCAGAGGAGAUGGUGGUUUUCUGUAUUACUAUGGAAACACUCGACUCGGUGUCUCUCUCUAUUGCCCCAUCUUGUUUCAAAUGA